ACUCUUGGAUUACAAAAAAUUAACAAUCGUAAGAAGAAAAUCUCAAUACUCAGAAAAUGGGACAAAUUAGACCCUUAUUUGCAGACAGAGGAGCUUAAUGUCAUGAUUAUGAAAGAUCUAUUAGGCAUUGACAUCAACACUGGUAUUCUUCGAUUCUGUAAAGGAAAGAAAUUUGAGGAAUUUGGUAAAAUCAGUGGAAGAGACAGGGAAACUAAGCAAAGGAUUGAUGCACAGAUUAGAAAUAUGAAUAAUAAUAGCAUAGAAAAAACAGAUUUAACAAAGAUUAAAGAGAGUACCAACAAAGGUAACUUGAUAAUAGAGGAAGUCACGGGUAAUGAUGAUAAAUAUAUUCUUGAUAUUAGUGUGAGUCCCAGUCAUGAACAGAGUGAAGGUCAGGUAAAUGAAAAUGAAGAAGAGGGAAAUGAAGAGGACUCUGUUGAUCAAGGUGAGAGUAGUGAUGUUGAUGAGGAAGAUAGUGGGGAUGUUCUUCAUCAGGAAGAGGAAAAUAAUGAUGACCAUGUAAAGCAACUUCAUCAGGAUGAGGAAAGUAAUGAUGUUGAUCUUGAGAAGGACAGUCAUGGUGAUAAUUCUGAGGAUGAUAGUGGGGAUAUUAUUGAGCAGAUUGAUGACUCUACUAAAAAUUCAAAAGAUAUAUGGGGGUAUAAAUCCAAUAUAGUUAAGUCUGAGAAGGUUGGUGAGAAGAUACUGGUUAAGAGAAAGUUAAUUGAAACUUGUCAUUAUGGUGGUGGCUUGAUUGGCAAUAAACAUUAUAAAACACUCCCAAGCAAAAUCAAGAAAUCUUGUAAUAUGCCUGAUCCUCUUCCUGCACGAAAUCAGAAAAUAAAUGGGUCUGGAAUUGCAGAGGUGCGGAUUCUCAGCCUCUCAGAACAUGAUGGUGUAAUUGAACGGUGUGACAGCAUAAAAUCUGACAGUUCAGAAGAGGAUUUCUUUUUUAGAGAUGAAGCAAAGAAAAAAGAUAAACAAAGGAAUUUAUUUGAUUCUUAUGAGAAUCCUGAAGAUAGCAUAAGAAUGCAGUCAAAGGAUAACAGAAAAGGAUAUGAUCAAGAUAGCGAUAUUAUUGAUACUAGUAUAUAUUUUAAAAGAAAUAUGUACAGGAAGGUUGGUGAGACUGAGAACAGAGAUCAAGGUCAGGAGAGUAGGGGUUCUGAUAUUGAUAUCAGAGGAAGUGGGAGAGGCAGACUAUCACAAAGGAAUAAUAACAGGGGAAAUAAUGAUAGCAGAGGCAGACCAUCAUGGAGAAAUAAUGAUAGCAGAGGCAGACCAUCAUGGAGAAAUAAUGAUAGUGAAAGAAGCAGACCAUCAUGGAGGAAUGAUAGCAUAAGAAACAAAGGGAAUUUCGAAAGAAGAGGAGGAAAAUGGAAGUUUAGGUAAGUAUUCAUUAUGAAUUA